AUGGUCAUCGGGUGUGUCUUCGGCAAUGUCCUGGUUAUUCUUUCAGUAAUUCUUUAUAAACCAUUGCGAAGCGUACAGAAUUUUUUCAUCGUCUCUUUGGCUGUCUCAGACUUGUCUGUAGCGGCUCUGGUCAUGCCGUUUCACGUGUCCAACCUAGUGGUCGAAUAUUGGAUCUACGGCUGGCUUCUUUGCGAGAUCUGGUUGACACUGGACGUUCUGCUUUGUACGUCAUCCAUUUUGAAUCUGUGCGCGAUUGCUGUCGACCGGUACUGGGCCAUACACGACCCGCUGAACUAUGCCCAGAAACGAACCCCGACACGUGUCGGCUUAAUGAUUGCAGCAGUAUGGUUUACCAGCGCCGUGGUGUCAAUACCUCCCGUGUUUGGAUGGAAUGAGAGCGGCCAGCUUUAUGACCAGGUGAAAAUGCAGUGUCAUUUGACAGACGACCGCAGCUAUGUCGUCUAUUCCGCCUGUGGUUCGUUCUACAUUCCCCUAAUACUAAUGACUUUCAUCUACUUCAAAAUUUUCCUGGCCAUCAGAAGACGCUUGAGAAAGAAGCGGGAACAGACUGCGAUUGGUAAAUUAAAGACGAUGCCGUAUAACAAGGCAGAGAAGAAAGAGAACAGUCCCGAGUCGACACCGGCUAAGGAUAAAGACACCCCUCCAACACCAGCCCACGACGAGAAAUCCAACGACGACAUUGAGCUGAAUUCUGAGACUCAUGGAGGGAGCGCUGAUACUAAGAAUUUCGCCCUGUUUUUUCUUUCAUUUUUGAUUAAUAAUCAUGAUUUCCUUCUUUUCUUCUUUUUUCCUUCUUUCUUUCUUUCUUUCUUUCUUUCUUUCUUUCUCACACUACUCUCUUUUUCUUUCUUUCUUUCUUUCUUAACAAUAUUACUAUCUUUCUUACCUUCUUUCUUUCUCUUCCUUUCUUUCUUUCUUUCUUUCUUUCUUAAUAAUAUUACUAUCUUUCUUUCCUUCUUUCUUUUCUUUCUUUCUUUUUUCUUUCUUUCUUUCUUUCUGUCUUAA